AUCAGCUCCAAAGACACCAAGAAAAGUGGGUAUUUCUACGAAAAGUUUGAAGCUGAUGGAUCAUAUGAGCGAAUUGAUGUUCCUGAAUUUAAUGGUGGACGUCCUGGUCAAUUUAUUCAUGACUGGCAUAUUAACAAAACAGGCAUUGUUGAUGUGGAUGGUCGACGAUGCUUUGUGAUUCCACUCGAUCGUGAUGCUGUUGUCUUUUUGCCAAGUUUUGUCAUUGACCUAGCUCGCAAAAUGGCUAGCCGUGGAUCAGAUGUUAAAGUUAUUGUAAAGACAAUGCGCGUAGCAUUCCCACCACUGACUGACAUGAGCACUGUUGGUGAAAACAUUGCUCGAGAAUGUUCAGGAAUGAAAAUCUAUUCACUUGUGAGGGCAAACCUUGGAGCAAUUUUCAAGCGGAAUGCCGAAGAACCCGUUGUUUUUGGCUCGUUCUCUGGAAAAACAAUGAAGGUUGAAAUCGUCAACUAUCAAGAGAUGGUGGAAGCCGAGAAUGACGGAGUGAGGGAGGCCUAAUUAGAACAUUUCAUUCCACUGGGGAGUCAACAACAUACAAGUCUAUUCUAUUAGAUUCCUCAAACUCCUUUAGUUCAUUAACUGACUACAAUAUUGCUUUCUGUGCUGUGGCAACCACUUCAGAUAGUGAGUUAGUUAUAUUGGCACAGUUUUGCUUAACUUUACUUUUCUUUGAGAAAACUGCACAGUGGACUUAUUUCUUUGAUGAAAUGCAGAUUUGUGUGUCUUUAGAAAAGAGUGGUUAUCAAACCAUUUCACAACAAUCACAGUUAGUGCAUGAAGUAAUAUUUUAAAGGAACUAAAGAUAUAAUAUGGUGAGUUUCAGAAUUGAAACUCUGGUCUUUCCAGGGAAAUGAGUGAAAUAUUCAACUCUAUCAACCAUGCACUUGCUCAUGUAUUCAUUCCUCAGCUCAAACUAUAUUGUGCUGCAUAGUUUCCUCUUGAUAUAAUUGUGAUAUUUUAAUUUAGCUGUAGACUUAAAUAUAUAAGCCAAAGUUUGUGGACUCUUUAAACAGUGAACACACACAUACAUGCAUAUACUUAUUGAUGUUCUCAGUAUUCUUAUUUAGUACAGUAUUUCAAGUCCUAUCUUUUCUUCCAUUGUUAGCCUUCCAUUUUUAAAUGGAUAACAGGAAAGAGUUCAUGUGAGAUUGAUAAAAAUGAUGAAGUCUGAAACAGUGUGACUUUUUUUUUCACUAACAUGUUAGUUUUAUAUUAAGCCCAUGCUGGCGCUAGCCCAUGCUGGGCACAAAGUACCCAUUUGGAAUUGUUUUCUCUUGACAUAUUACAAUAGUACCAUACCUUAAGUAUUAGUACUAUACACCUUAAGUAUUUGGUCACAGGUUUGAUUUUAAGCAAAGAUACAGAUUAAAAUACAUUAUUGAAGUCUAUAAAAAGCUUUAGAAAAGAAAUAUUAGGGCAAAUUCCUGAUAUUCCACACUUAUUCAAAUUACACAUUUUUGUUUUGAUGUAAGUACCUAACUGAUUUUCUUAUUCCAAAACUGGUGUGCAGUUUAUAGUGAACAGCAGUUGUAUUUAUUACAUUAUAAAACUUGUAGUUUUGAAUUUGAAAUAUACCACAUUUCAUUAAAACAUUGUGAGAAAUGAAUUGAAAUAAAAAAGUGUUAAAACCCCCCAA